AUGUCCGACUCAGAGUUGGAACUGGACUGGAACCAGUUGCUCACUGCGCCGCUCCCAGUGGUUUCGCGCGCACUCAACACGUUGCGCCGGUCCAACAACGUGCCGAGCGAAGCACAGGCGCAAGCGAUGCACGUGUUCCUGGAGGAGUGCGAGGAGCGCAGUUGCGCUAUGGAGGAUGCGAUGGAGCUACUUCGAGAGCGACAAGAGGCGCUUCAGCUGACGAUGACGAAGUGGCGACGGGCGCUCUCUCCGAUGGCACAAGUCUGCGCAGGCUGGCGGGACGCGCUCAUUCGCUUUUCAUCGCUGUGGACGACGAUUGGGACGCCGGGCGUGUCGACGGCGACACAGCUGGCGCGGAGCGGCAAUGCGCUGCUUCGAGUUCAGAUCACCCCUCGCACGGAUGAGGAAGUCGACGCCCACCUCGAGCACCUCCUUCCCCAUGCAGCGCGUUGGGGUACACUUCUCAUUGGCUCCCCGGACUACGCAGAGUUCAACAACACUAGCCACACCUUCGACCCCGUAUUCAUCAAGGAGAUUGUGCCUCCCGCCGUGACGUUUGGAAAGGUUUCCGAACUUAUCCUCUACUCGGACAUCUUUCCCUGGGAAGAGUAUUCCGUCCAAGCUAUGUUUCCUGCUCUGCGGCGGUUGAGCAUGUACAGAAUCUUCACAUCCCCAGUCGCGACAAUAUUUCCCUGGCGCCAGCUGACGCAUUUCGCCAGUCAUAUCUCUAACAUCGACCCUGUCUACGUUCUCAAAAACGCGCCAAAUCUUGUUCAUUUUGCGGUCGACGGGAGCCCGUUCGAAAGCAUGGACUCGGAGCUGGACAAGUCAACGAUCAGGAUGGCGCACCUGCGGAGCAUUUUUCUCUCGAGGUCGUAUACCAAGAUAUUACGGCUUCUAGUUGCCCCGACGCUGCAAGUUAUGGCCGUCCUCCCCUGGGCCGGCAGCACGAACAACGGACUGUCGAUUAUUAACGACUUUCUCGAGCGCUCCUCGCCCCCUCUGACCACGCUCGUUCUCGAAAUGGGCAUCUGGUCGCAGGGUAUAAGGCGUUGGGGGACCCGCGACAAAGAAGUAUUUGUUCCUCAAGACCUCCCACCGACCCUCCGUCUGUGCCCGGCGCUCGAGUACCUCCUCCUCUAUACAAGCCCCGCGAGGGACCGCGACACCGGGCCGGACGAGUACACGCUCAAGUUACUAUAUGAGGCACUGGAGGGCGAGCAGGGGUUGUGCCCACGCCUCACACACUUCCUCUUCGGUUGCGGAAAGCAAGCCCGGCGGUCCAGCUCCUACUACAACGGCUAUGGAUCACAAUCGAGGACGCCAUCCAAUAGCGUGCGGAAAGCUUUCCGGAGCAUGAUCAUCAAACGCGCAAACCCACCGGCGUACGCGGGAUAUGAACGGCUGAGGCAUUUAUCCCUGGGCAAGGAAGACAAGAAGCUCAUAGAGUUGCAUUCUGUUGACUCUACCGACGACUCCACUGGCACCGACGAGCGGGAGUUGGACGAGGACACCCUGGACAUCGAAAUCAUGGAGCAGGAGGCAAUCGUGGAUAUCGCUUUGCAGUGGCGUGGAUUCCCGCUGGACUGGCUUCCAAACAUCCGGUCAGGGUACUAA